CAAUCAGAUGAUUCAAUUGUCAAAAGGGACUUCAUUCUCAUUACGGUUUGCUUAAAUUUUCCAAACAACAUUUGUCAAACAAUUUUUCUUAUGUUAGUAAAUCCUUUAAAUUGUCUCACAUUCCAAAUCAAAUUCAUUUAUAAAUUCAUGACUAUUUUGAGAUAAAGAUUGUGUAGCUUGAUACUCUUUCAGUCAUCGGUCGUUGCAAUAACCUCAAUAUCAAAAUAGGAAACCGACAGUCAACAAAUUGAACCUAAACAUUUUAAAGCUGUUUGCUGUUUAAAAAGAAAUUUUUUAUUCUCAAUUUCUGUGUCAAAUUAAGAUUAUGUAUCUUUUCUAACCAACUAGGUUAUAAAAACAACGAUUGCUCUCAUAACGCCAAGAAUUGAUUUGAAAAGAAUCAUCAACAGAUGCUGAGUAUUUACACUUUGAGAACAGCUUAACGAGUUUAAAUUGGAUAAUGGCUUUACGGAGACUCAGUGUUUUUUCAUCAUAUUUCACAAAAAUUGAUGAAAACAGUGCGAGACAUGGUGGAGAGCUGAUUGCGCAAACUAUUCAUUCUCAUGGAAUAGAGAAUGUUUUUACACUUUCAGGAGGUCAUAUUUCACCUAUUUUAACGGCCGCCGAAAAAUUAGGAAUUCGUGUAAUUGAUACUCGUCACGAGGUUAAUGCUGUUUUUGCUGCUGAUGCUGCUGCUCGAGUCUCUGGUAAACCGGGAGUUGCUAUUGUGACUGCUGGACCAGGUAUAACAAAUACAAUUACUGGUAUUAAAAAUGCACAAAUGGCUGAAUCACCUGUUGUAUUAUUUGGUGGUUGUCCGGCAACCCUACUUAAGGGUAAAGGAGCUCUACAAGAUAUUGAUCAGCUCUCUUUGAUGAAAUCAAUCACAAAAUGGCAAAAAACCAUUACUCGAGUUCGUGAUAUUGUGCCAAUAGUUAGAGAAGCUUUCCAAGUAGCUCAAUCUGGAACUCCAGGACCAGUUUUUGUUGAGUGUCCUCUAGACAUUUUGUAUCCUUACAAAAUGGUGAGUCGAGAGAUGGCUGCUAAAGCUAAGGGGCAUUCAUUGAAAACUAAGUUAACAAAUGAAUAUCUCAGCCUCUAUGCUAAAGAUCUAUUCGCUGGUGCCUUUGAUCAACAAUGGAAUUGUGAUCCUUUAGAGAUUUCAUUCCCUACUCCAAAUGAAAGUGAUAUAGCUAGAGUAGUUAGUCUAUUGCAAGGUGCCAAGCGACCUUUGGUUCUCCUUGGUUCUCAAUCUGUUUUACCUCCAAUUGGAGCACACAAAUUGAGAGAAUGUAUCGAAUCACUUGGAAUUCCCUGUUUUCUUGGUGGUAUGGCUCGUGGUCUUUUGGGAAGAAACUCGUCUAUUCAAAUGAGACAAGCACGUCGAGAUGCCUUAAAAGAAGCUGAUGUGAUCAUUUUAGGUGGUAUUGUUACUGAUUUUCGUUUAAGUUACGGUCGAGUCUUGCCGCAUACUGCAAAAGUGGUAGCAGUUAACAGAAAUAGACAACAAUUAUACAAAAAUCAUGGAAUAUUUUGGAAUUCCGAAGUAGCUGUUGAAGGUGAUGUUGGGUUAUUUUUCCAUGGCUUAGCACAAGAAAUGAAGAAUAAAAACUUCUCAGUUGAUCAGGGAUGGAUCAAAGCCUUAAGAGAACGAGAUGACGGAAAAGAAUCAAAAACCACAUCCAUGGCUGAUGCACCAACUGAUCAACAUUUAAACCCAAUUAAGCUAUUAACUGAGCUUGAAAGUGUCAUCCCUGAAAACAGUAUUCUUAUAGCCGAUGGUGGAGAUUUUGUUGGCUCUGCUUCUUACAUUGUUAGACCUCGAGGACCCUUAACUUGGCUUGACCCUGGAGCUUUUGGUACUCUUGGAUGUGGAGGAGGAUUUGCUUUAGGUGCUAAAGCUGUUAAACCUGACGCUGAUGUAAUUAUCUUAUACGGUGACGGAUCCCUUGGCUAUUCAAUGAUUGAAUAUGACUCAUUCGUUCGCCAUAAACUUCCAGUUAUUUCUGUUGUUGGUAAUGAUGCUUGUUGGACUCAAAUCGCUCGUGAGCAAAAACCCAUCCUCGGUUCUGACAUAUCUUGUGCUUUGGCCUACACUCAUUAUGAAAAAGCUAUUGAAGGUUUAGGAGCUAAAGGAUUCUUGUUGGACUCCUCAAACGGUGCAGACAUGAAAUCAGUUUUAAAACAAGCAAUCCAAGAAGCUCGUCAAGGAAAUCCUACAUUAGUUAAUGUUCUUAUUGGUAAAACCAAAUUCCGAGAAGGAAGUUUAUCCGUCUAAUCGUUCAUCUUGAUCCAAGAAAAUAUCAGAAUAAAGAUCCACUUAGAAUUUUUUGCAAAUUAAAUCAAAUUAUUUUUAAAAUCUUAGAAAAAGCUACUGUUUAAAGAUUUUAUAUAAAUUGCCUACAAAUUUCAACUCAAUAUUUUACUGUUUAAAUCAAAGUUGACUAAAGUUCAAGUUUGAUAAAAAAAUGCACGUUGUUAAAUCCAAGGUUAUUCAGAUGUUAAUAAUGACAGAUGAACAGAUAAUUUCAGUCACUUUGAAUUAAUCUGUUUCCCAACAUUGAUCCAGGGAAAUACCUUAAAAUUGAAUGCUUUAUUCAAAUUAUCUAAACUCCUUGGUCUCCUCUAUUUGUAUAAUUAUGUGCAAUAAAUCUAACCAUAAAUUCCAGAUAAUUUCA